AUGUUCAGCGGAAUUGCAGGCGCUUUCCGAAGCAUCGGAGAGAAGACCGCGUCUCUCUUCGAGCGUAAGAAGAAGGAUGCGGAGCAGCUCGCUGCGGAGAAAGCUGAGGAGGCUGCCCACGUGGUGGAAGAGCAGGCCAAGAAGGCGGGGGAGCUGAUCGGCGGAGCCCAGCAAACCGCCAACCAAGCAGCUGACACAGCCGCCAGCGCGAAGCACUCUGCCAUCGAUGCCUUGGACAAGGAGCUUUCGAAGGUGUCCCUCGCUGCGGGCGAAGCUGUCGACGCGGCCAACAAAGCUGUCGCCGACGGGAAAAAGGUCGUCGACACAACCAAAGACACACUCGCCACCACAGUAGACAACACGAAGAAAGCGGCCGAAUCCGCUUACAACACGACUAAAGAUUCUAUCAGUAGUACGGUUGCGGGUACAAAGAAUUUGGCACAGACUGCUGUCGAUACAAGCAAGUCGUACGUAUCGUGCGCUAAAGAUACCGUAGGGAAUGUUGCACAGAGUACUGUAGAGGCCGCGAAGACUGGCACAAGUUCAGCAUUUGAAACCGGAAAAUCGUACGCAGUGAGCGCCAGAGAUACAGUCGCGAACACAGUUUAUAACGUCGCAGAUGCGACGCAAAAAACUGCCCAAUCUGCUUAUGACACUGGGAAAUCCUAUACCACUAGUGCUAAAGAUACAGUCGCAAACACUAUUUAUAAUGCUGCAGACGCGACGCAAAAAACUGCCCAAUCUGCUUAUGACACUGGGAAGUCCUAUACCACUAGUGCUAAAGAUACAGUAGCAAACACAAUUUAUAACGCCGCAGACACGACACAAAAAACUGCCCAAUCUGCUUAUGACACUGGGAAAUCCUAUACCACUAGUGCUAAAGAUACAGUGGCUAACACAAUUUAUAACGCCGCAGACGUGACACAAAAAACUGCCCAAUCUGCUUAUGACACUGGGAAAUCCUAUACCACUAGUGCUAAAGAUACAGUCGCAAACACAGCUGCAGACGCGACGCAAAAAACUGCCCAAUCUGCUUAUGACACUGGGAAAUCCUAUACCACUAGUGCUAAAGAUACAGUCGCAAACACUAUUUAUAAUGCUGCAGACGCGACGCAAAAAACUGCCCAAUCUGCUUAUGACACUGGGAAAUCCUAUACCACUAGUGCUAAAGAUACAGUCGCAAACACUAUUUAUAAUGCUGCAGACGCGACGCAAAAAACUGCCCAAUCUGCUUAUGACACUGGGAAAUCCUAUACCGCUAGUGCUAAAGAUACAGUCGCAAACACAAUUUAUAACGCUGCAGACGCGACGCAAAAAACUGCCCAAUCUGCUUAUGACACUGGGAAAUCCUAUACUACUAGUGCUAAAGACACAGUCGCGAACACAGUUUAUAAUGCUGCAGACGCGUCGCAAAAAAUGGCUCAAUCUGCUUAUGAAACUGGAAAAUACUAUACCACUAGUGCUAAAGAUACUGUAGCGAGCAACAUUGGUGCAGCCGUAGACACGACACACAAAGCCGCUCAAUCAGCACUCGAUACAACAAAAUCUUAUGCCGCGAGUGCUCAAGAUAAAGUAACCAGCGACGUAAAUACCGCCGUCGAUACAACUCAAAAAACCGCACAGUCCGCUUUUGAGGCAGGAAAAUCAUAUGCCGAUAGCACAAAAGAUACCGUAGCGAGCAACAUUAGCGCAGACGUUGAUACGACACAAAAAACAGCACAGUCUGCUUACGAUACAACAAAAACAUAUGCCGCGGGGGCAAAAGAUACAGCAACUGGCGCCGUAAAUAGCGCAAUCGAUAAUACGCAAAAAUCUGCACAAUAUGCACUAAAAACUGGCCAGGAAUACGCUGUUAGCGCGAAAGAUUCGGUAGCAGAUACGGUUAGUAACACAGUUGAGGGCACGAAGGGCGCGCUUUCUUCAGUCCUUGACACGUCAAAAUCGUGUAUCGAUAGCGCGAAAGAUACCGUAGCCAGUACUGUAGAUACAAGUAAAAAAGCAGCACAAAGCACUAUUGAAACGGGAAAAUCUUUCGUGGACUCAACCAAAGACACGGUCGUAGAUACAGUCAGCACUACAGUUGAUACAACAAAAAAUGUUGCUGCUUCCUCCGUAGACAAAGGUGUAGCGUUUGCAGGCAGUGCUAAAGACUCCGUAGUAAACACAGUCAGUAGCACAGUAGAUACGACUAAGAAUGUGGUCGCUUCUGUAGUAGACAAAGGUGCAACUGUUGUUGGAAGUGCUAAAGACACUGUAGGAAACACAGUAGAUACGACCAAAAAUGUAGCUGCUUCUGUUGUAAAUAAAGGUGGAGCAUUAGUUGGAAGUGCUAAAGACACUGUAGUAAACACAGUCACUAGCACAGUAGAUGCGACUAAAAAUGUAGCUGCUUCUGUAGUAGAUAAAGGUGCCGCUCUUGCUGGAAAUGCUAAAGACACUGUAGUAAACACAGUCACUAGCACAGUAGAUACGACAAAAAAUAUAGCUGCUUCUGCAGUAGACAAAGGUGCAGUUCUUGCUGGAAAUGCUAAAGAUACUGUAGUAAACACAGUCACUAGCACAGUAGAUACGACAAAGAAUGUAGCUGCUUCUGCAGUAGACAAAGGUGCAGCAAUUGUUGGAAGUGCUAAAGACACAGUUGUAAACACAGUCAGUGGCACAGUAGAUACGGCUAAAAAUGUAGUUGCUUCUGCAGUAGACAAAGGUUCAGCUAUUGUUGGAACUGCUAAAGAUACAGUUGUAAAUACUGCCAGUAGCACAAUUGAUACGACUAAAAAUGUAGCUGCUUCUGCAGUAGACAAAAGUGCAGCUUUUGUUGGAAGUGCUAAAGACACAGUAGUAAGCACAAUCGGUAGCACAAUAAAUACGACUAAAAAUGUAGCUGCUUCCGCAGUAGAUAAAGGUGCAGCCAUUGUUGGAAGUGCUCAAGAUACUGUAGCGAGUACAAUAGAUACAACUAAAAACUAUUCGGCAGCCGCGAUAGAUAAAGGGUUUUCCGUUGUAGGAACUGCCAAAGAUACAUUGUCAAGCACUGUUAAUAGCACGGUAGAUGCAACGAAGGGUGUGGCUAACACUGUGGUAGACAAAGGAUCUUCUCUGUUUGUAGGCGCCAAAGAUAUGCUAGUAUCUUCUGUUUCUGAUGCCAUUGGCUGUAUGACUGAAGACGCUGAACGCAUAUCCGGGGCUCCUGAAGAUACAAUAAACACGACCGUGGACACGACGAAGAAGGCAGCGGAGGAGGCGCGGGCGCAAGCGCUGAAAGCGGCCGAGGACGCCAAAGAGAAGGCCAGGUUGGCCGCAGAGGCUACUAAAGAAGAAGCUAAGAGGGCUGCCAACGCGGCGUUGGAGGAGUCCAAGAAGGCGGCGGAGAAAGCGGCCACCGACGCGAGCAACGCCAUCAACAGCAAGGUGGACAGCACCCUGAAGAGGGUCGAGGAGGCCGCCGACAAGGGCAUCAAAGACGCCGGCCACGUGGUCGACGCGAAGAUCAAAGACGCCGACAAAUACCUCGGCGAGAAGCGCGAAACGCUGGUGACAAGCCUGUCGUCUGCAGUUCAGGACGGUGCCGGAAGCGCGGCUGGUCUCCUCAGCAAGGGCCUCGCCACCUUCCCCAAA